AUGGGCUUUUUCGACCACCUCCAAAAAGGAGGGGCUUUUUCCUUACAACCCCAGAAGACACAAGUCCGCAAAGUCGUCCAAGCGAAACCCGUUCCGAAAGCGAAGCCCAGCCCUGUUCAAACCCAGGCCAACGGCUCUCCACGAGUGCCAUCGUCAGAUCGGAGCCGCAAGACGUCCGCGUUGAAAGCCCGGUCGGUAUCCAGCGAUCUCGACGCCCGCCCCUCUAAGCGCUUGAACACCCCGACGCGUGGUCGGAAGCGACCAACCCCCGAACAGCGCCUUGCAAGUGACGACGAAGAAGGUAUCAGCGAUAGCGAUGCCUCUUUCGAAGUACGGAAACGCGCGCGCACGAGCGCGAGUGAGGAACCUGACCUGGAGAGGCGAGUUCGUUCUGUGAAAGCAUUUUCGGAGGAAGGAACUCGCCCCUUCAAGAUGGUUCAUGCGGCCGACAUCACCUCAGGUCAGAAGGCCGGGAAAUUUAAGCCUGCAUUUGGAGCUCAAGACAAACCUGCGAAGAUCCUCUUGCAAUACCCAAGCGCUUCGCAAAAAGAAAGAUUCGAUUGCAUGGUGCCCCGUGACAACGACGAUUUCCGACCAAUCGACGAUAUUGUUCAAGUCAUUGAGACUGUCUCGGAUAAUUAUAUUCCUGAAGAAGAGGCAUCGGAAUUCAACGAUGAGACCACUGGUAUUAAACGACGCUUGCGCAGAGCUCUCGCAGUUGUAUCAGAAAGCCAAUUCCGCGAGGCUGUCCAGGACUACAAUAAGGCAAUUGAUCGGUUAAGGACGAGCGGUAGCUUGGCAAGACAUUUGGAUCAAACACAUCGUAUUGUUUUACCCUGGGUCGAGCGUAUUCUGACUCAGAUAUAUGCGCGCACCGUCUCCCCUCGUGUUGAGUCCCUUCGACAGUAUGAAAAUGGAACCGACAACGUGUACGGCGAACUCCUACCGCGAUUUAUCAGUAAUAUCUUCAAGGAAACUAAGCUGAAGUCUGGCCAAGUUUUUGUCGAUCUUGGAUCUGGUGUCGGAAAUGUCGUUCUCCAGGCGGCGCUGGAGAUUGGCUGUGAGAGCUGGGGCUGCGAAAUGAUGACGAAUGCUUGUGAUCUCGCGGAGUUACAGCAGUCUGAGUUCAAGGCGCGAUGUCGACUUUGGGGUAUUCUGCCAGGGAAAACCCAUCUUGUCCGGGGUGAUUUCCUAGAGCAGGAGAGCAUCGUCAACGUCCUCAAGCGCGCUGAUGUAAUUCUCAUCAACAAUCAAGCUUUUACUCCGCAACUCAAUAAUGAGCUGAUCAAUCACUUCCUUGACAUGAAAGAAGGCUGCAAGAUUGUUUCGCUCAAAUCAUUUGUCCCUGCCGGACACAAGAUUCAAUCUCGGAACCUCAAUUCCCCCAUCAACCUUCUCAAAGUCCAACAGAAGAACUAUUGGUCGAACAGUGUAAGUUGGACCGACGUUGGUGGUGAAUACUUUAUCGCCACCAAGGAUAGUUCUCGACUUAAGGCCUUUGCGGAUGGAACUUUGUGA